ACAGAAAUGUUCCUUUGUCUGAAAUAUAGACCUAAAGAUAGAUCAAAAUAUUCAGUGCUGUGCCAUGUAUAGACUGUUUGUUCUGUUGCUCUUGGUGAAAGCAACUAGUGAACUGUGCUUUGAAGCACAGGGAAAAUAUUUAUAUUUGAGCUUACAUUAAGCAUAUUGUUGUACUGCGAUUAUAAUACACUGUCUAAAUAUUCUUUCAGGUGAGCAAAAUUCUAUAGCUGACAUCUUCAUUAAUGGUGGACUUUACAGCGACUUAGACUGCCCAGAAGGUUAUUUAAAGUACAAUGCUGGGCUGAGGCAAUGCUGAGCCUUUUUUGGUGGAAAGUGUUGAAAUUGUUGAGCACUAUCAGUCUCAAUAUGAGCUGAAGGUAUUCUUCAAAGUGUAAGCUUCUGGAGAUUACAAAGAUAUCAAAUAUCAGGCACAGCUACCUAGAUUGUCAUGUUGGGAAUGAUGCACUGUGCCCAGAAUGAUUUGCUGACAUUGCUUUUCAAGAGGGAUACCACAGUGAACUGGUGAAGCACCAUCAGCCUUCCUACAGAUAUACAGUAGGAGUAACAAAACGAGCUACUGCUGGAUCAGACAAUUGGUAUUCAUGCAGACAGCUCAUGGUAGCCCUUAAAAUUUAGUGCCUAAAUUAUAAUGCUGUAAUGCAUCACAUGUGUGGCAGUUCCACACCCAACAGGUGAUUCUGAGGCAAGUCAACUAAAUCAACAAGCUGAAACAUUCAUUUGGAUUGAACCAAAGGAGAGUGGGCAUUGCAAAACAUAAUUUAUAGUACUCAUAGGUCACCAAUAUGCACGUUCUUUUGGUAAAAGAUAUAUGAUAUAUGUUACUGAAGAGGUUGCAGGAUGUGAAGUGUCACUAGAAUCUACGGAAGGAGAAAUUGGAUAUGAUGAGAACCCUAAGCUCUGAGUAUUUGAUGCCUUGACAUUAUAAGUCCUCAUGCAGAUGACAUUGAUUUCUGCCUGGUAACAGCAAGCAGGAAGGUAUUGUGUCAUGGAUGAUGCUGAUGUAGAUAGGAACAGUCCCAGUGCCCAUGUGGCUGCUGCCCAGGGGGAUGUGAACACAUUGGUGUAUGCCAUACAGCAAGAUCCCAGCCUGCUGGAACAACAAGAUGCUGAUGGUCUUACCCCUUUGGCCCAUGCUGUCCUUAGCAACCAACUCCAGACAGUAAAAAUUCUGGUGAAGAUGGGCACCUCCAUUAAUGUGGUAGAUAAUGUAGGAAGGACAUGCUUGGCCAUGGCAGCAUAUCAGGGCUGGUAUGAUGGUGUUCGUUUCCUACUUCACCAUGGAGCCAAGCAGAACAUAUUUGACAAGUCUGGGAGAAGCCCAUUACAUGCAUCAACAUAUGAUUCUGAAACUAGAACAAUGGGACUACUACUUCAGAACCUAAGUAAAGCUGAGAUCAAUCAAAAGGACAAUGAGGGAAUGUCAGCACUCCACUGGGCUGCCUUUCACAACCGUCCAGACCAUGUGCAAUUACUUGUCUUGAAAGGUGCUGAUGUGUUUGCAAAGGACAUGGAUGGCAAAACUGCACUGCACUGGGCUGCACAGAAUGGCAGUGUGUCUUGCAUAACUGCUCUGCUUAGGUCACAGAAUGCUAACAAACUGAUCAACAUGGUGGACGGGUCGGGGAAGACCGCUGUCCACUUUGCGGCUGCUGCUGGACACUAUAAAGUCAUCCGUGAACUGGCAGGGACAGCAGGGUGUCAGCUGGAGACUUUGGAUCCUGAUGAGAGAACUCCAAUUCACUGGGCAGCAGCCACUGGACAAUCCAAAUGUGUGGCCACUUUACUCAAGCUUGGUGUAAAUGCCAAUGUCCAUGAUUGUGAUGGAGCAACACCUCUAGAAUAUGCUAGACAGUGUGGACAUGAAGAAUGUGUACGUUUACUGGAAUACAGAGUUAUAGCAAGUGAUAAGAAGAAAAUGAAAAGCACAGGAAAGGAACAAAAGACAUCGAGCGAACAAAAAUUGAAUGUAGCCAAUAAGAGUGGACAUUCCAAAAAUCCAUUUGGAUUUAUAGUGGAUUUUUUCAAAAGUAAAAGUUCAUCAAAAGAGGAGCAAGAUAUUUCAUCAGAGAGAGUGAGUACAGUGGCUAAUUCUCCAGAUUUUGAUGAAAGUGAAGGAAGUGGAACAAGUACACUUGAGUCAGGAGAUUUUCAAAAGCAGAAUGACUAUGGAGGAACAUCCCUUAAAUCAAAUAAGGAUAGUGGACCUGCAAGUGUGUCAGAGAAUGCAUAUAAUCAAAAUAAUAGUGAUAAUGGCCAAGUUCCAAAAAGAGAGAAAAACUCAAAGGGCAAAAUUGUUAACAGUGACAGACAGUCAUUACCUGUGCCUUUACUCCGUCAUCACCAUGCUCAGCAGAUGCCAGCUGAUGCAGAAUUCAUACUGGGGUUACAGCUCGGCUAUACAAACCUCUCCGCCAGGUCAGACACACCUAAGAGUCAGAUGAGUUCAGUCUCCGAUGGAGCAUUACUACCAUUACGCACUCCAGGUCAGUAUGCUCUGUCACCUGUCCCCUCUCUACCUCCCAGCAGGGAAUACCAGUUGGCACCUAUUAAAGGAGCUAAACCUAAACUUGGGGCCUCCUACCCUCCUCCAAACAUGAAUAAUAGGGUAGCAUCCCUGAGUCAUGAAGCUGGUUUAGGAAGACCACCAACGCCACCAUCCUGGGAUAACAAUUUGAAACCACAAAACAGGCAUAUUAAAUCUAAGAGUAUGCCAGAAUCUAGCCUUGCUAUUGAUGGCUUCAAGCCCAAGGAAUGGGGGACAGGUCCUCAGGAUGGCUAUCACAAGCAUAAAAAACACAAAAAGAAAAAGCAACAAAGAGCACUUAAUGUAACAGAACAAGAUCAUGGUACCAAACUUGAAACUAUAGAUUUGUCUUCAGACAGGAGAAAGGAACAUCAGAAACAGUCAAACAGAAAAGAUGUUGAUAUGGAAUCAUAUAAGAAAUUGGACAAAAGUAUUCAGAAUCUUCUGCAUUAAUGAAUACAUCCAAGGUAAUUUAUAAUAAUGAAUUUGUUCUUUGGUUGAUAGAUUUAGAGAACCAAGCCAUUUCAGAACAAUUCAAGUUCCUGUGGAGUUGUUUUAAUCAAAGCCAAGUGCUGUUGGCCACUUUAAUCAAAUGAUUAUCUUAUUGAUUAUUCAAUAAUUCUUUUGUACAGAUUUUUGGUUUUUAUAAAAUGGUGUCUACCGUAAAUUUAACAGUUGUUGCCUUGUUUAUUAAUGUUAUGUUAAAAUCUAAUAUUAUACAUAUUAAGAUGGAAUUGAUAAAAGUCAAGACUUUUUGUCCUGUGGUGUAUUUUUUAAUUUUCUUAUCAGUUUUAGCUAUAUGUGCAAUACAGCACAUUACAGAGAAGAGUAAUGGAUCUUUAUAAGUAAACACAUGCAAGUGAAGCAAAGUUUUAGUUUUUGCCUGUUUAUUUCAACUGCCCUAAUUGCCUUAUUUAUUUAGGGUAGGUGUGCCUGUGUCAGUAGGAUAAAAAAGAAUACUGAACUUAGAAUUUUUAACCUCUCAAAAUCUAGUAUUGGGAACUGCAAUGUAUUUAAAUGGAUACAUAGCUCCAUAAUGUCACCAAGUCCUACAGCAUAAUAUUGCCACAGAAGUUUUGACUCCAUAACAACAGGAUCUACGUGUAGCUUUUGGUUGAAAAAUGAUGAUCCAAAUUAAACACACUGUGCCAGAAUCGAGGCUUUUGAAUGAUGACCUCUUUCUUGACUGCAGUGUCUAUCCUGUUUAUGAUUAUAUUUUUUUAUCAGGGUGUCACAACAUUCUAUAUCAUAAAGGUCAUAUGAGAAUAUAUAUAUUUUUUUCGGACUUGUGUCAUUUGAAUUGUUCAGUUUUAUAUAACAAGUGCUGAGAUGCAUGUUUAAUGUGGCUUUUGAGAAUAUAUACAUAUGAUACAUAUGUACAUUUGAGUGUAUAUAUUACGUGAUUUGUUGCACUGUAUAUCUUUGGAUGUAAAACUGUUAAUAUUCACCAUAUAAUUGGACAUAAUUUAUUUAAGAAUGUAUAAAAGGCAUUCCACCCAUUGUGUGCAAAAGCUCUAGAAUUUAUGUUCGAUAAAAUUUUCAUACAAAAUGGCAUUUGAAAAGUCCUGACUUCUUGGUGAAUGGGUGUCAUUUCAUGUACCCAUGUUAUUCCAGUGCUGCAUGUUGUCAUACAUUCUAAGUAACAGUAGUGCAAUAUUUUCACAGCAAUAUCCAUGACAUGAUCCGUCAGAUCAGGAAGUAUUUAUUUUGCAUCAUGCAACAUUUUAUAUGUACUUCAUGCCAUUGUUAACAUAUACUAAAAUACAGUAUUCAAUAUUGAUAUAACUGUAAUUGAUAGAAAAUUAACUUUUGAUUUUUUUUCUUUUGUUUGACAACAGGAAAAAACAAGUAUGGCAGGCAUUUCUGUUCACUUGUUUACUAAGACAUGAAGUUGGUAAAAGACUGCAUUACAGAGAGAAUCCAAGUUUUCUUUACAGAAGAGUGAAGUGUUGUUGUUGUUUUUUAUUUUUAAUUGCGAAAUACAGUGACCUCUUGUAUUGAAAUUAUAGCUUCCAGUCAUAUAUUGGAAAGAAUAAAGAACUAAA